CAGUCAGCCAUUCCCCAAAUCCAUCCGUCCGUCCGUCCGUCCGUCGGCUUAAACCCUAGACGAGCCGCCCCUCCUCCGACUCGCCGCCGCCGCCGGUUGCCAUGGAGUUCUGGGGCCUUGAGGUUAAGCCUAACCAGUCCGUCAAGGUUUCACCUGAUGAUGACCACUUCCUCCAUCUCUCCCAGGGUGCCCUUGGCGAAGUCAAGAAGGAUGACAAGGCAACCAUGUUCGUCAAGAUCGGCGACCAGAAGCUGGCCAUCGGGACCCUCUCUACCGACAAGUUCCCUCAGAUCCAGUUUGACCUCGUCUUCGAGAAGGAGUUUGAGCUGUCACACAAUUCCAAGACAUCCAGCGUCUUCUUCUCUGGCUACAAGGUUUUCCAGCCUGCCGAGGGAGAUGAGAUGGAUUUUGAUUCUGAGGAUGACUCUGAGGAGGAGGAAGAGAAGAUCAUUCCAGCACUCACCAAGGAAAAUGGCAAACCUGAAGCCAAGGAGCAGAAGAAGCAGGUUAAGAUUGACACUGCUGCGCCUUCAAAGUCAAAGGCCGCUGCCAAGGAUGUGGGAAAAUCUAAGAAGGAUGAUGACAGCGAUGAUGAUGAUGACAGUGAUGAGGAUGACAGCGAAGAUGACUCUGGUGAUGAUGGAGCAUUGAUUCCCAUGGAGGAUGAUUCUGAUGACAGUGAGGAUGGUGAUGACUCCUCUGAUGAUAGCGAGGAUAGCUCUGAUGAGGAGGAAGAAGAAACACCCAAGAAGCAAGAGACUGGGAAGAAGAGGGUGGCUGGAAGCGUGUUGAAGACCCCUGUUACUGACAAGAAGGCCAAGAUUGCAACACCGUCAGGCCAGAAGACAGGUGACAAGAAGGGAGCUGUCCAUGUGGCGACUCCGCACCCGGCCAAGAAGGCAGGCAAGACCCCAGCAACCAGUGAGAAGUCGCCCAAGUCUGGAGGGUCGGUCGCGUGCAAGUCGUGCAGCAAGACAUUCAACAGUGAGGGCGCUCUAGCUUCGCACUCCAAGGCCAAGCAUGAGGCCAAGUAGAUUAAAAGAGGAGGAUGCUGGCUGGCUGCCUCCUAUGAGAUUAUCGUUAUGCUCCUGUCCUGUGUUAGGCUAUCUACUAUAUCCUUAUGUUGUCGUGCGUGUUCCCUACCCUACCUUUCCUUACCUAGCCUCAUCCUUAUCCUUUUGGAAGGGAAGGGAAGGCAAGGCAAGUUUAGGGAGAAACCGUUGAGCUGUUAGUGAUGAUGAGUUGUUGCCGUGAUUCGGAAUUGGAAUUGGUUGGUGGAAUGCUAUGGUUGCUCGUUUUGAACGAAUGAUUCCUCUGUGGUUUGGGA